AUGGUGGGCGAGCGUCGGCGGGCUGGCUGCUGGCUGCUGGCUGGACCUGCUGAGGUCAUCCAUGUCGCUGUCGGGAAACUCGGGAUGUCAGGGAAGGGGAAGUUGUGCAUUGGAUGGUCCGUGGACCGGACGAGGUGCUCUUGCUGCAUGUUCUCGAAAUUGAAAGUGUGGGAACCGCUUUAUUAG